AUGGAAUAUCAGUUCUCCGAUGACGAGAAACUGAAUGCUGCACAAAGCUUUAUGGAAGGUCAAGCUCAAGAAUGGUUUCACAAGAUCCAAUCGCGGUUUCCUUUCCAAAGCUGGGAACGAUUGAGGAAACUUUUGUUGCUUAGAUUUGCAAACGAUGAUGAUCCUGAGAAAAUACAUUUCCAUAUUGAGCGCAAACGAUUUUUGCAAGAAUUCAGGGAUUCGAUUAAGCAACAUGGAUCUAUUUCGCGGGAAACAGAAGCGAUUGAGGCAAGCGAAUCGAUCCAGGCAAGUGCAGGGAUUAAAUCGAAAUCUAUGGAGAAGCAUGUGAUUCCGGAGAAGCAGUGGACGGAAACGGAUUCAAUCUUGGAGGUUGAUGUUGUUCAUCGGGAGGUAUCGCUUAUGACCAGAGAAUUGAUGGAGGAGGAGGAAUUGCCAGAAGAAACAGAAACGAUUCCAGAAGCAAAGGACUCUUGUUCGUCCACAGAUUCAAAUAUGGAGUUUGCAUUUGUUCAUCAGCAGAUAGCGAUUCCAAUGCUUCAGGGGUUUGAUCAAAUGUUUCUGCGAGUUAGCACUAGAAGGACGAAGAAAAAGUUGACAAAGUCAUGGAAGUUCAAGUUUAAGAACAGGCCAUUGACUCAUCUCAUGCCACCAGUUGGACGUUAUACUCUCAUAGGAGGAAGAAGCAUAAAGAACAAAGCUGAGAAACGGGGUUCUUGGAACAUAAAUGAAGAGGUGUUAAGCUGUUACAAUAUGCAAAGCAACGAGAAGAACAAACUAGGUCCAGGCAAGAAGAGGAAAGUUUGCAAGUCUUGGCAUUUCAAAUACAAAAACAAGUUUGCAAAAUUCCAGAAGCAGAGAAAAGGUUACAAGACUUGGAUAUUCAAGUACAAGCUAAGACCAAAACUGAGGGCCUGGACAGAAAAGCAGCAGCUCAAUGUUUGGGAACAAAUUGACAACUCAAAAGCUUUAACAAAUUGGCUAUUUCAAGCCUUAUCUCUAGAGUUUACAUAUAGUCACUCUAGUUGGGAUUUUCAUUCAUCUUAUUUCGGGGUUCAGGAAAUCAACGCAGGAAAACAAACGAAAGUUCCAAGUAUGAUCCACGAGCUAAACUCGUCCCUCUACUACUUCUGCAAAGCUAAAAAUGCAAGGAGAUGCCUUAAUUAA